AUGAUUCGUACACUUUACAGACAAUCACACUUUUCACAAUUUAAAACAGCUCACAGUCCAAACUUUUUUUCUCCUAUGUCAAGAAUUAAUUCGUUUAGAGCGUAUUCUGACCAAGUAUCUCCGAGCAAAGUAAAGGAAAUAAAGGACUUGACUGAAUUCAAAAACUUUGUUUCUUCACCAGAUAAGUUAUCGGUGAUUGAUUUUUAUGCUACUUGGUGUGGGCCUUGUAAAGCAUUGGAGCCCAUCUUUGCAACGUUAGCCGACAGGAUUCCCGAAGUGAAAUUUGGCAGAGUUGAUGUUGAUGUAGCUGAAGAUGUUGCUUUGGAGUACGGCAUUACAGCUAUGCCUACCUGUAUUCUCUUGAAAGAUGGAGAAAAGAUUGAAACAAUCGUUGGUGCAAACCCUCCAAAACUUGUUGAACUCAUUCAGAAGCAUUCUGGAGUUGACCUUUCUAAAAGAUAA